AUGGUCUAUGCCAUGCUCACAGGCCGUGCAAGCGAUGCUGUGCACUUGGAAAUGCAGCAGGCCGACAACUUGGUGGACUUCAUGGACAGCGCCGAGAGCCGUGAGGCCUUGAAGGCCAUGAUGGACGACCGAAGCAACCCCGAGACCUACCAAGUCUCCCGCGUCGCGGAGCGGCUGCGCGAGAAUCGUGUGGCCUCCCUUUGUACAGUAACACUUAUGUGGGGCUUGGACGGGGCCCCUCACCGAUCAGACCUGGACAUACACACUGUGGUCGAUGGCACUGAGCUCUACUAUGCCAACAUGCAGGUGGGGAAGUGCACGCUGGACUUUGACGCCAACGCCUCCAGCAUAGAGAAGAACCCAGCGGAAAACAUCUCCCUGAACCAAGUGGGGACUUUCGAGAUCAUGGGUCAGGAAGUCGGGCCAAGAGGUGGCAGAGCAUGA